UUGGACUUGCAUUUUUGGCUCUGGCGAUAUCGUUUUUUUUAGGCUUUUGGCUGUGUAUUCUUGCUCUGCAUAAAGCCCUUUUGCAUUGUCAAGUGGUUUGGGUGUGUUUUGUGUGUGUGUGUUUUUGAUAAAUGAGAGGGCUAUUAUUUUUAUCAUGUCGCCUCGUCUUCCCCUCCCAACACCCAUGGAGCCUUCGUUGGGCGACUCGAAUCUCAACAGCGUCUCUGCCCUGCGUGUCCUUUCCGACGUGGCAUUGAGUGAGGCCUUGUAUAAACAGAGUCCCAUUCUGUCUCCUCCUCGUCCUCCUCCUCCUCCUCCUCUGGCAAGUCGAUGGCCUCCGUCUCUUUCGCCUUUGAUUCAACAACAACAACAAGAACGGUAUCAUCAGCAUGAUCCUCUCUGCAAAUGUCGUCCCAUACAUCACGGACAACAGCCAUGGGCAUGGAGACCGCCCUACAACAAUGAUGCCUAUCACGGGUGGCAUUCUGGAACAAUGGCACCGACCACACCAACAACAAUAGCAAGAGUGCGGUAUUUGCCCUACUCCACGGCUCAUGCUCUCCCGAGCGAUCGGAAUGCGAGGUACAUGUCGUGUCCCUGUUCAACAUGUCGAGAGACGUGUGCAAACAGCGUUCGAGAAAGGUGUAUGGGCGAAUGUCGAGCGGGUUAUAGGGAUGCGCAAGCAUGUCGACAAGCCGUUUUACCUACUCCCCCCAUCGGUCCAUCUUAUGGUCCGCCUCACAUGUCUCACAGUCUGCCUCACGCACCGCCUCACGGACCAUCGAUGACUCCCAUCGGACUUGCUCAUGCCCACGGUCCUCCUCUACCGCCCCUUUCUCAUGGACACGGACAGACACCACAGGCGUCACCUCGUGGUCCAUCUCACGGUCCAUCUUCUCAUGGACCAGGCCAAGGUCCGCCUCCUCCUCCUGCUCCUUCCCAUAACGAACACGUCCACUCAAGUGUACCUCACCACAACGUCCCCGCAAACGGGAUCAACGGGCAAAGACAUCCGUAUCCCUUUUACUGCCACGUAUCAGGAUACCCGUACUAUACCCUUACACCUUCCUCCUCUUCAUCCUCUUCACCAUCGACAAGAACAAUGACAAAAUGCUCAUGCGUGCGCUGCAUUCUUCCAUCUUGUACGGACACAACCGACCCACCACCACCUUACGAUCCAAAGUCACCCACCAGUGAUAGCCCGCACUCCAAUCUCACUCCACAACCACAACAACAACGACAGCCAGAUCAAGAAAACCCUCUUCCAACUCCCCCAAUCCCAACACCUCCACCUCGUCCCCUCCGCCGGUACACUUGUCCAACCUGCAACAAACGCUUCUCACGUCCAAGCAGCCUGAAAACCCAUGUGAAUUCACAUACAGGAGAAAAGCCUUUUGUGUGUUCUAAUGGGUGUGGACGGCGGUUUAGUGUUUUGAGUAAUUUGAGGAGGCAUAUUAAAGCUGGCGGGUGUCCAUCCAAGCGGCCAGCGUGAGUGUGAAAAUGUUAUGGGUUUGACCCGAUGGUGGUGGGAUAUACGGUUUUUAUUAUCUUUUUUUGUACAUUGUGUUGCUUUAUGUUUUGAUAACAUGGAUAUUUUGUAUGUACAAUACUAUGUUUGUUAUUUUUGUGAAUAGUGUGAAAUAUUGUUUCUGUGGUCAUAGGUCG